GGGUGAAAAGAAAGUGAUAUGCAACAAAUUUGUGCAGUCAUCUCAGGUCACGUGCCUCACCUGGCCACUGGAGGGACCCAUCAUCUUUGGCCUUCUUGAGGGGAAAGUACGAGCUGCCAACAUAAAGAGCAACAAAAGCCAUACCCUGUAUCAGACUGAUUCAUAUGUUGUUUCUCUCACCCCAAACUUGAGAGGAACUGCAUUUUUGGCUGGUCAUGCAGAUGGUUCGGUAGUGCGGUAUUAUGUGAGUGAUGAUCCAUAUGCAGAACCACAGGGUAAGAUUAUUUCCCAUCCUGUACCUCCUUAUGCAAUGGCCUGGACCAACAACAAUAUUAUCAUUGCUGGUUGUGACAAGCGUAUUAUAAUGUACAACAAAUCGGGUAAAAUACACCAGCAGUUUGACUACAGUAGAGAUGAAACAGAGAGAGAAUUCACAACCGCAGUUACAAGUCCAAGUGGGCAAGCUCUUGUGAUUGGCAGUUAUGACAGAUUACGGAUCUUUGAUUACAACACUUCACGUGGAAUGUGGGACGUCAAGGCAAACCGUGAGUUUCAAGGAUUCUAUACCAUUACUGCCUUAGCUUGGAAAAGAGAUGGGUCAAGGCUGGUGUGUGGGACACUGUGUGGAGCUGUUGAAUUGUUUGAUUCAGUUCUGAGACGGACAGUUUGGAAGAACAAAUGGGAGAUGACAUAUGUGGGUCCCUCACAAGUGCUCGUCAAACCCCUAGCUGGGUCUGGUCCAUUUGGCAGCCGAGGUGUGAUUCUCAGAUCACAGUAUGGCUUUGAGAUUCAUGAUGUCAGGAUAAUGGGCAAGGAUAGAUACUUAGUGGCAAGAACCAAUGAAACAAUCUUGCUUGGAGAUCUACACAGAAAUUUGCUUAGUGAAGUUCACUGGGGUGCUGAACCAGGCACAGAGAAAUUCUAUUUUGAUAAUGAAAAUGUCUGCAUGAUCUUCAGUGCCGGAGAACUCUCAUUGGUUGAAUAUGGCAACAAUGAUAUUCUGGGAUCUGUGAGAACUGAAUUCAUGAACCCACAUCUAAUCAGCGUAAGGCUGAAUGAGCGCCGUCAGAGAGGCAUUGAGGACAACAAAAAAAUGGCUUAUUUAUUAGAUCUGAAGACAAUAUGUAUGGUGGAUCUAGUCUUUGGCGUAACAGUUGGUCAAGUUACUCAUGACUCUCGAAUUGACUGGCUUGAGUUGAAUGAGACGGGAACACAACUUUUAUUCAGGGACAAAAGGCAAAGACUGCUGCUCAUCAAUGUUGGUUCAUUACAGAAGACAUCUAUACUAAAUUACUCAACUUUUGUACAGUGGGUGCCAGGUAGUGAUGUGGUGGUAGCACAGAGUCGAGAGCAACUUUGCGUGUGGUACAACAUUGAUAUUCCUGAGCGUGUCACAACAUUCCAAAUCAAAGGAGAGGUUGUGGAUGUGGAAAGAGCUGAUGGGCGAACAGAGGUUAUAGUACAAGAUGGAGUCCAAGAGUUGUCUUAUGCACUUGAUGAAGGACUUAUUGAGUUUGGAACAGCUGUUGAUGAUGGAGACUUUUUGAGAGCCAUGAAUUACUUGGAGUCAUUGCCUAUGACUGCUGAAGCGGAAACAAUGUGGCGUACACUUGCCAGGCUUACACUAGAAGGGCGUCAGCUGUAUAUUGCUGAAAGAUGUUUUGCUGCCUUAGGAGAUGUAUCCAAAGUGAGGUACCUGCAAGGCAUUAACCACAUCAGGCAACUUAUUCAAGAGAAUUCAGGUGAAGAUGGGGUGAACCAUCAUGAAGUGCAGGCUCGACUAGCCAUUCUGGAUAAACAGUUCAAAACUGCAGAGAGUAUCUAUCUAGAUUACAAUAACCUGGGUGCUGCUAUGGAGAUGUAUCAGGAGCUACACAAAUGGGAUGAAGCUGUUCAGCUGGCAGAAGUUAAGGGACAUCCAGAGGUGGAAUCCCUUCGAAGAGCACACUUGCAGUGGCUUCUGGAGACACACCAAGAGGAGAAGGCCGGACAAAUGAAAGAGGCUGAAGGUGACUACAUGGCUGCUAUCAACAUGUAUCUCAAGGCUGGGAUGCCUGCAAAAGCUUCAAGAUUGGUCUCUAGUGUUGAUGAACUGCGUGAUGAUCCAGAUCUAGUUGGCCGCAUUACCAAUGCACUUCUCAAAGUUGAACUAUAUGAGCAAGCAGGAGAUUUGUAUGAGAAGGUUGGUCAACCCCAAAAAGCCAUGGAAAGUUAUCGAAGAGGCCAGGCUUAUUACCGUGCUGUAGAAUUAGCCAGACAUCAUUUCCCUGGAGAGGUAAUAAAAAUUGAAGAAGAAUGGGGUGACCUGUUAGUUUCUAAUAAGCAAGCAGAUGCAGCUAUAAGUCAUUACAUUGAAGCAGGACGUACACUCAAAGCACUAGAGGCAGCAAUCUCUGCUCGUCAGUGGAAGAAGGCAGUCCAAAUCAUAGAAGUGAUAGAUGAUGAAGUUUCACUAAAGCCUCAUCUGCUGAAACUAGGGCAGCAUUUUGCCUCUCUAAAUGACCUUAGAAGUGCAGAAAAGUUCUAUGUCAAAGGUGGCAUGUACAAAGAAGCUAUUGAGAUGUACAACCAAGCAGGAGAGUGGGAAAGAGCUCACCAGCUUGCUAGUCGUCACAUGGGUGCAGAUGAAGUGGCGGUGAUGUAUGUGAACCAAGCACAAGUCCUUGAGGGCCAAGGAAAAUUCAAAGAGGCAGAAAAAUUGUACAUUUCUGUGCAUGAGCCAGAUCUUGCCAUCACUAUGUACAAGAAGCAACGACAGUAUGAUCAGAUGAUGCGGCUUGUAAGAGAAUACCAUCCUGAUUUAGUGCAGUCAACCCACUUACACCUUGCUGGUGAGCUUGAGCAAGAGAACAACUACAGAGAUGCAGAAAAACACUAUGUUGCAGCAGAGGAUUGGAAAGCUGCUGUCAAUAUGUACCGCAGUGUUGAUAUGUGGGAAGAUGCUUAUAGGGUAGCAAAACAGCAUGGUGGAGCUAAUGCAGGAAAACAGGUUGCUUUCCUGUGGGCUCGCACACUUCGUGGAGAUGCAGCUGUGAAGCUUCUAAAUAAAUUUGGAUUACUUGAACAGUGUAUUGAUUAUGCUUGUGAGAGCAUGCAGUUUGAAUUUGCCUUCGAGCUGGCACGUACAGCCAUGAAGCAAAAGGUACCAGAUAUUCACUACAAGUAUGCUAUGGCAUUGGAAGAUGAUGGCAAGUAUAGUGAAGCAGAAUCUGAGUUUAUCCAGGCAGGGAAGCCAAAGGAAGCUGUGCUCAUGUGA